AUGGAAAUACAUCGAGAAACACCGAACAGUCCCAAGCCAGCCAGGGCGAAGGCUUGCUUGGAAUGCCGCAGGUUGAAGAUGAAAUGCCGUCCGGUGGCUGGCAACACAAUAUGCGAGCGGUGUAGACAGAAGUCAAUGGACUGUAUCUUCCAUGAGAAGAAACGUGGUCGCAAACCAGCAAAUGCACGACAGAUUGCUUCCCGACCAGCUCUACCAUCAGGCUCCGUUGCAGACAUGAAGGAUGUGGAUCAUGUGCGCACAUAUGAUUCGGCGUCCUUGGAUCAAAUGUCGCCCGGGAAUGCUUCAGAGGAUGAAGAUCGAGACUUUUUAGCCGACUCAGAAGGAUUCCAACCGUCUGGCCUCUUGAACAAACAGGCAACAACAGGGGCCUUUUCACUCAAGAACAUUCUGAGCACGAGCCCUAACGUUGAGCACAACACAUCCAAAGAUACUGCUACCAUCCCAGAGGAUGAUCCGGUAAGGAAGAAUAUUGUAUCCUAUCAUAUCGCAACUUCUCUAUUUGAAGGAUUCAUGAAGAAUUUAAACCCUUUCAUUUGUGUUCUGGAUCCGGAGCUAUAUACUUUUGAGUAUGUACGCACACGAUCGCCAUUUCUGUUUGCAGUCAUCCUCGCUGCAUCGGCCAAAGCAUUCAAUCCACCGCUAUACCUAGACCUCCAUAGAUACGCAGAAACCCUGUAUGGGAAUGCUUUUUGCAGGGGUGAGAAAUCCCCUGAGAUCAUCCAGGCAUUCAUUAUCAGUACUUAUUGGAAGCAACCGGACGAUACUCGCUCGUGGUCGGUCAUCGGCUACGCCAUCAGACUUUGCAUGGAGCUAGGAUUCCACAAGCUUGUCUUCGAUCCCAAGUAUGCCGAUCCCGAAACACCUGAGUUUGAGGUACGGCAGAGGAGAAAUAUCGAGCGUAUAUGGCUUCUGCUGUUUGUCUAUGAUCGGAGUAUGAGCCUCCAAACGGGCAAACCAUGGAUGAUCGAAAGGAGCGAGUUCAUUGAGUCCGUGAACACCUGGUACCGAAACCCAAUGGCGAUCUCGAAUGAUGCUAUGAUGGCCGCCUUGGUGACCUUGAGAAUUGCCUCUGCUGAUAUACUAGAGGCAUUCAACCCUCAGCGACCUGCACCCUCGAUGAUACAAGCAUAUCGUUUCGAUUCUUUGUUGAAAACCCACAGUAUUCAAAUCGAAGCUUGGAAGAAGCACUGGGUGGAAAUAACUUCUGAUAGGGAACGCUGCCACCCGUUCCUCGUCUCGUUCUUUGGUACCCACCUAUCUUUGCUGCUGUACUCGUUCAAGCUUCAAGGAUCUAUCGCAUCGCCUCUAGGGGCAUCGUUGGUAGAUACUGAGGCUUUUUGGAUCACCUACACCAGUGCUUUGGAAAUGCUUCAGCUAGUGUCGCAGCCUGCCCUUACGGCACUUCUGAGCUUUGCGCACGACUCGAUCCACACGAUGACGGCCUAUGCAGCCGCAUUUCUCAUAAAGUUGCUUCUGUCUGUUAAUGUUACGAUCCGAAAACAAUUUGAGAACACCGUUAUGAAAACGAUUGAUCAAGCAGCAGCAAUCUUUGCACAGCAGUCGGCACCACCGACUUUUGGCUGUGCUCUGCAAGCCAACUUCCUCACGAACGUACUUCGAGAGUAUAAAAAGGCUUGCCACCGACGUUCGCAACCGCGUAAGGUAGCAGAAGACGUAACCAGAGCGCAGGCUCCCUCUUCUGGCGGCGUAACAGACAUGACUCCAAAUAUGAAUCAGGCAGAGCAACGACAGUCGACUUUCUUGACUUGGAAUGAGCAUGUCCGGCCGCCGCCAAUUGCCACGAGCAGCGGCCGAGAUGUUGGUGAUGGACAAUUACGAGGAACAGCAUCAGCAAAUUUUGCAAGGCACCGAGGUAUAGAUAUCAGCGAAUCCUUCACUGGAGAUACAAAUACCUCCGCGAACAAUUUGGUCUUUUACAACGAUGAAGAUUGGAGUGCUAUUUUCGCAAAUGCCGGCUUCAAUAUCACCGGCGGGGUGUUCAUACCCGGUUGA